CGUAAAUAAAAACAUGGAACUGCUCCAACAAGGUGCUGAAGGCAGAAUUUUCAUCGGCGAUUACAAAGGUCAACGAUGUCUCGUGAAAGAGCGCUUCGUCAAGAACUACCGUCACCCCGACCUUGACGCGCAUUUAACAAAAACUCGCAUCAAGGCGGAACAAAAAGCCGUGGAACGAUGCACGAAAGCCGGUGUCUUAACCCCGAAGAUUUUCGAAGCUGACAUCAAAGACAGAAAAAUUUACAUGGAAUAUCUGGAAACGAGCAUCACCUCGAAGCAAUACAUCAUCGAACAUGGCUCCAACGCUGCGUUGAUGGAAAAAUUAGCAACUGCCAUCGGAACUGCUGUUGGAAAAAUGCACGCAAAUAACAUCAUUCAUGGCGAUUUGACGACUUCUAACAUGUUAAUCAAACCAAAAACGGAAGAUUUUGCCGAUUACGACUUGGUUAUGAUCGAUUUCGGGCUUUCGCAGUAUUCAACGACCACGGAGGACAAAGGAGUGGACUUGUAUGUGCUUGAACGCGCCUUGUUAAGCACUCACAGCAAAGUUGAAGGCCUGUUUCCGAAGAUUUUGGAGGCUUAUUGUACUGAAAACGCCAAGGGCAGCAAGGAAGUCGUCGCUAAAUUGGAAGAAGUGCGACUUCGGGGUCGAAAACGCACGAUGGUUGGAUAAAAAAUCAAUUUUUAACAAAUAAAUAUAUUGUCUAAACGAAUAAAUAACGCUUUAAAGCCUUGAUUGCAUCCCUCCCGUGACGCAAAUCGUUUCUCCCGUAAUAUAUUUCGCGU